GGCGCGCCACCGAGGGCAGCAGCCAGCACCGGUUCGAUCCAUAGCAUCCAUCGUCUAGCGAAACCACCUCUCAGCGCUUGACAAAUCAUCUGAGCAGGACCUGACCACGCCGACGGCGGCCAUGGGCGGCGGGCACGACAUGCACGGGCACAAUGGCGGCGUGAAGGGGUUCGUGUCCAACCUCGUCCACGGCGAGAAAGGCCACGGCGGCCACGGGUACGAGCACGGCUACGGGCACGGGUACCCUCCGCCGGCCGCCGGCGCGUACCCGCCGCCGCACGGCGGCUACCCGCCGGCCGCCUACCCCGCGCACUCGGCGCAGUACGGGCACAUGGGGUCGUACCACACCGGCCACGGCGGCUACGGCGGCGGCCACCACCACGGCGGCUACGGCGGCGGCAAGCACAAGGGCGGCGGCAUGUUCGGCGGCGGCAAGUACAGGAAAUGGAAGUAGAGCGCGCGGCGGCCGACGCCUAGCUCUACGCCGUACGCGUACGUGUCUGUGCCGUCGUAGCUAACCAUGCACACUUCCAUAUAUAUAAAUAAAGUGCAAGCAGGCAGGAGAUGUACGUACAGUGCAGAGUCCUUAUUAUUACCGGUAUACGAAAUAAGGUCUGGUCUUGUAACGUGUGCUCGGGUCGUAUGACAUGUACCAGGCCUAGGCGACGAACUAUGUAUACAUGUAUCGUAUGCCAGCCGUAUGUACGCGCCGAGUGUAUCCAGCUUGUAUAACAACUCAUGCCCCGUUGGCCGUUGCGAGACUUGCUGCUACACC